AUGCCAUUGGUUCCCGUUCUUCAAGUGUGUUGUGAUUGGUGGAAUGCGGACUCCACACUUGACAGCGUGGUCGUCGCCGUCACUUUCGACGAUGUUUCGCCUUCGAAUUGCAGCCGGGCCACGACGCCUUGCGGUCCACCGAGGCGUCUCCAGCGCGGCGAAAGAAUCCGUCACCCUAGAGAAGCAAGGACAGAUUGGCAUCGUACGCUUGAACGAUCCCAACCGCCUCAACGCUUUGACGGCAGACAUGGGGGACCGCGUCGAAGAACUUGUGCAAGAGAUCAAGGACCGCGCGGACGAAUUCCGUGCAAUUGUGUUGACGGGAGAAGGGCGUGCGUUUUCGGCGGGCGGUGACUUGGACUUUUUGCAGAAGCGCGCCAGCGACACGACUAGCCGCAACACGGUCACGAUGCGCAAGUUCUAUGGUCGGUUCUUGAGCUUGCGCAGCCUUCCCGUUCCGCUUAUAGCUGCACUGAACGGCCCUGCCAUCGGUGCCGGCAUGUGCAUUUCCCUCUUUGCCGACGCUCGCGUCGUGGCCAAGGACGCCAAGCUAGGCUUCACGUUUGUCCACUUGGGUUUGCACCCCGUACGAGAUCCCCGUCGACUCUACCUACCUUGUGAUGGAUCUACUAGGGUAUGGCGUGCACGCAUUAUCUCCCGCUCCUCGUUGGAGCCGAGAGGGCCAACCACUUACUCCUUAGCGGCAAGGUACUCUUUGAUUGUCCUGGUUCUCGUUCGUGCUUCAUCGACAUCAAAGGUGAUUUCGGGCCAAGAAGCGUUCGAGCUUGGCCUGGCCACGAAAGUCGUGAGCAAGGUAGUACGACCGUCCAUGCCAGUGGAAUGCAGCACUCCAUCUUGGGUUCUGUUAGGAGGACGUGGUGGCUGAGGCUGUCAAGUUGGCCGAAGAGAUGACGUCGGGGUCGUCGAUUGCGACCCGCAGCCUGCUCCAGACCCUUCGCCUCAAGCAAGACCAGGGCCUGGACAUGGCGCUCCAUCGAGAGGCCAGCAGUCAGGCAGUGUGCUAUGCAACCCCCGACUACCGCGAAGGCGUCGAUGCGAUUGCAUCCAAGCGAAAGCCCGUGUUUGGUCCUCUCGAGCAUUACAAGUAGGUAGAUCUCUACGACCAAAACAGGGCUCGGCAUUUCCUACCAGUCCAAGUUUGGCUUCGAGUCGUUCACUCCCUUCGGAACGUUCUUGUGGCCCCACGGACAAUGGCGGCACUUGUACCCGCAACACGCGCGCUCUUUCAAGUAAACCGACGUGAAGACGGUGUAACCUGACCCAGGGUCGACAUACUGCCGAUACCCUCGCUCGCACGCCACUCGAUGCAGCAGUCGAUACUUUUCACUUGCCACAUCAUCGUCGUCGUCGCUGUCCAAGUCUUGAAUCUCGUCUAGAUCUUGCCGUAGCGACUCGUCGGCGACUACGUCGGACCAAGUGAGUGGCGUCAUCGGCGCCCACGUGUGCUGCUUGGGUGCAACUAUUGGAAAGGAUACGCUUCGUGAUGUCGAGGAUGGGGGAGUCGCAAUUUUCGUGGCGCACAUGGCCUCUUGCACGUUUUCAUCUGGCACGGCAUCAUCCUGUGAUAGCGACAGGAUUUGCACGAGAGACGUGGAUUUCUUGCCGUCGUAGCCGCCGACGACCGCCAUGUCAACACUGCUCGUGUCCUUGCCAUUCGAAAGUAUCGCCAUCGAGUGCCUGCACACUGGAUGCAAAAGGGAUUGUCCCAGUCGACGCCACACUUUCGUCGUCAAAUCCAAUGCGUACACCGAGUCCAUGACAGACCCCCCGCGUGUGAGAUGGGACUGGCCGCCAGUCACGACCAUAACGUGGCCGUGCACAAGGAUGGCGGCGUGGGACGUUCGACGGGACGGCACAUCACCGGAGCACGUCCAUGAUUCCCAUGCGAUUCCCGUGCGGUCCGGGUAAAACGCCCACACGUCGUUUCGCGGCCCGAGCGAUUUGUCCGACCCACCAAAUACCACCAUGACCCCGCGACGGCGUCGGCAAGACUCGUCCUUGGGUGGUUGCGGGGAGUUGUCGCAUGGCCACCACACUGCUGUAUGAUCUGUUCGCGGCGAAGGAUGCAAGGGGCUGUCGUCCACGUUCAUGGAGAGCGUCGUCCACGUCCACGUAGUCAGGUCGAGCUGAGUUACAUCGUUGAAGCGCUUGCGGCCAUUCCAACCGCCAAACACCAACACGUGCGAGUUGGAUUCGAGGACCAUCGAGGGAUUACCUCGUGGAGAUGGAGGGCUACCCAUCGAGCUACCAUGGGUCCAGCACCGCGUUGUCAAGUCCAAGAGCUCGAGGUCCGCGAGGGGACGCAGCCCGGCCGCGUCCCAUCCGCCAAACACCACGACGACGUCACCCCACACGACCGCGGCAUGGUUGGAGCGACGAGUUGGCACCGAUUCACCGAACACUGUUGUGCACGGCACGGGACGCCACGAGUACUUGCCGUCUACCACCGACGAGCUGCCUUCCCACAGCACAUUUGCAUCCAACUGCCGACGGGACGUGUCACCUUGCAAAAGGAGCAGCUUGUCGUGCCAUGAGAGCAGGACGUGAGCCGACACUGGAAGAGCAGUGGGCACAGAUCCAUUGCUUGGCCCUGUUGAGGCGAUAGAAGGCUCUCGUUCACUCGAGCAUGUUGUUGGCGUGGCCGCGUCCGCAGGACGAAAGGAGACUGGCUCAGUCGCUUGUUCAGAGGGACAAUGCAGCGAUGGCCUCAAGUUCACAGGGACGAAGUGGUCGGUCAUCGCCGGCAUGCAUUCGCGUGUGCCAGUGAAUUGCAGCACCGACUCUGGCGGACCUGGGUAAGCAAUCGGGAUGUUGCUUUCCGGGUGAAGUAGCGCUGCCAGGAUCUCAAUGCCAUCGACACUUUGAGGACCUGGGCGAGACGACAGCUCGUGGCUUAACAAAAACAAGCGCGGAGGCGACGCUUGCAUGGCCGGAAGGUCCCAAAACCCGGGAAGAUUCGCGAGGUGGUCUUCAACUUCCUUGGCACUUCCAUACGCCGACUUGCCACAGCACGCCACCACGAGCACGUCUGGCGAUGCGGUGACGAUAUCGUCCCACAACAGCCUACGCGGCGGACACCCCGGGAACGAAUCCCAAAGCGCUUCCACUCCUCCCGCUCGAAUGCGCAUGUCUGGCAGCCAUUGCCCGGACACGACUAGCGGGAACGCGCUUUCCAACCCCACUACCCGUGGCUUGACUGGGUUUGUCACCCCUACCGCUUUCCGAACGCGCUCCAAACGUGCGGUGAGAGAAGCAUGAAGCGCUUCGCCACGCUUGGGCUCGCCGACGACGGCGCCGAGUCGGAGAACUUGCUGCAGCAUUUCGUCAACGGUGCGCGGUCGACAGAGAACUGUCGAUGUCGUCGCGGCAAGGCCGAUCGCGUCCAACGCCCGCAGCAGCGCCGAAUCGGUCACGGCGCACCGAUCGCACGCUUCUUGGGUGAACACAACGUCAGGUUUGGCGGCACGCAAGGUCGGGGUGUGUAUUGUGUGCAGGUCUCGCACGCCCGCCGCAUGGAACUCUUGGACUUGGCGCUCGAUGUCUUGGCUCGUGGUAGCUGUGAUCAAACUGAGCGUGAGCUUUGGCAACGACUUUACGAGCCACGAGGGGGCCGUGCAGAACUCGCUAAUGCCAUGAAGCACGGCCGGGUUGGCUGGGAACGCGUCGUCGUCGCUAGUCGUUGUGGACCAGAUGGCACCGAGGGUUUCCGUCGCAGUUGCUUCCAACGACACGAACCGCAUCUUGCGCCGGGCAGCUUGGACGAGGGCUGGCGCCAUCUCGGGGGUCGCCCCAAAGUGAACAUGGCAAUACGAAGCAAUCGUGCUAUCUUGCACAACGCCUUCGAGAGAUGGCGGACACGAUGUCGUCGAUGUGUGCACCAUCGCCACGUUGUACGCAUGAUGCGCGACGCCAGCCCACCCAAUGCCGACCCCCUCACGGCUGAGCUGCUCGAUGGGUUUCCCGGAGCUGUCGGUGGCUUCCGAAAAGUGAUAUUGCUGGCAACGUAGAACGAGGUUCGGGGGAAGCCGCAGCAACGACACCAAGGCAGGCGACGGCGUUGCGUUGACAUAGCCCAUAACCAUACGCGGCGUCAUGGUGACGUCGAAGGGGAGGAGGCCGACCAUGGAAAACAAACCUCCAUGGCCAUCGUGGAGCGCCUGGGACAGGUACAUUAGCCCACCGCAUUCUGCGUAAAUCAACCCGCCGCGACGUGCGAAGUCCCUCACGGACGAUUGCAAGGUUGUGUUGGCCAUGAGGGCCGACGCAUGCAGCUCAGGAUAUCCACCUCCAAAGUAGAUGCCAUGCAAGCCAGGCGGCAACGUUUUGUCUCGGAGCGGAGAAAAGUAGACCAGUGUCGCGCCUGCAGCUUCCAAGAGGUGGAGGUUGUCAUGGUAGUAGAAGCAGAACGCGUCAUCUUUGGCGAUGCCAAAGCGGACAGGUGGGAGCAGAGCAUGGCUCGAGUCGCUUGACGACGAUGGGUCCGCCGACAACGCGGUAGCACCGCUUGGGGGGAAUACCGGACCCGCCGUCAGGUCAAACAAAUCCAAGUUGACGUGCGAGUGAAUGAGUCGUCGCAGUUCAUGGAGGACACUGGUCGAGCUAUCGGGGGUCGGUAAAUGGAGCCCCAAAUGCCGCUCUGGCAUAACGACAGCCGCCGAUUUGGGAAGGCACCCGAGGACAGACACCCUUUCCGUGAGUGCUGUCGACGCUAUAGCGUCCCGAAGCCAUUGAGAAUGUGCCUUUCCCCCGACCUUGUUGAAGAUGACGCCUGCUAGGCGUACAUUUGGAUCGAACGAAGCGUACCCGUGCACGAUAGCGGCCGCCGUUCGGCCGAGACACCACGCGUCGACUACCAACACGACCGGUGCAUCCAGCCAUUUUGCGAUUUCGGCGGUGCUUCCACAGUCCGAAUGCCCAUCGCGACUGUCAAAUAGCCCCAUGCAGCCCUCGACAAUGGCAAAGUCCGCCUUGGACGCGCGGCAAUGGCGUGCAAACGAUUCCAAAACGCCUUCGCGGCCCAUCAUCGCACCGUCCAGAUUGACGCUCGCAACGCCGCCACACGCGACCGUGUGGUGCAUGGGGUCGAGAAAGUCGGGGCCGACUUUAAAUGGCUGAACGCGCAACCCACGAUGGGUUAACGACGCCAUGAUGCCAAUGGCAACGGACGUCUUGCCGACGCCGCUAGACACGCCAGAGACCACUAACACACGCGGGAGUUGCUCAGCCAUCGCGC